UCUCCGGUGGGCGGGGCCACGAGGGAGGGCGGAAGUACACUACUGCUGACCGUUGGCUAGCACUGCUCGGUAACUUUAGCUUCUUCUAGUCCGGUUUGGUCUUUUAUCUUGCACCUAGGCUUGGGUCGCUCAAAACAUAUAAAGACGAUGUACUUACAAAGAUUGUUGUUGCUGCGGUCGAGCGCCCGCUUGACCUCGAGGGCGUUCUCAGCAGAGGGCGUGUCUUCGACAGGCACCCCGCUGGACAUGAUACAAGGAAAUCCAAACGCAAUACAUGUAUCCAAUGUACGCGACCGGUUGAGAGAGAUUGUAGGAGCAUCCACCAACUGGAGGGACCACAAGCAAGCCCUGGAGGAGCGCCUGUCCCUGUCCUCCAUGCUGGCCCGCUCCCAGGGCGACUUGCCCCCGCGCUCCAUGAAGGACAGCUCCCACGAGGUCCACCUGCCCCUGGGCUCCCAGCCCCACAUCAGGGAGAAGUACCUCACCCACCACAACACCGUCAGGUUUGGCAGGAUUCUGGAGGAUCUGGAUAGUUUAGCAGUGCUCAUCUCUUACUCUCACACCCACAAUCCUGCGCUGCCCAGGUCUCCGCUGUCCAUUGUCACCGCCCUAGUGGACAAGAUAGACAUGAGACAGCACACUAUCUACCCCGACCGCGACAUCAAGUUCACUGGUCACGUGACAUGGGUGGGGAAGACGUCCAUCGAGGCCAAGAUGUACAUGUCUCAGUUACACGAGGGAACCUACAGCCCCGUCCUGGAGGCCACGUUCGUCAUGGUGGCCAGAGACCCAGAAAACAAGAGGGCAGCGUAUGUGAACCCCUUGAAGCCUGAGGGAGCAGAGGAGGAGCGGCUGUUCCAGCAGGGAGAGGUCAACAAGACCCGCCGCGUGGAGCUCAGCACCGCGUCCCUGCUGAAGGUGGCGCCGACCGCGGAGGAGAGGAAGGUCGUCCACAGCCAAUUCCUCAGCACCCUGGACCCCCAGACGGUGAGUUUUCGCAGCAGGGUCCUGCCACCUAAGUCUGUGUGGAUGGAGGACGCCAAGGUGAAGGGCCUGGAGAUCUGCCAUCCUCAGGAGAGGAACAUCUUCAACAGGAUCUUCGGUGGCUUCCUGAUGAGGAAGGCCUACGAGCUGGGCUGGGCCAACGCCUGCUCCUACGGAGGCUGCCGGCCUAAUCUGGUCGCCGUUGACGACAUCUUGUUCCAGAAACCAGUAGAGAUUGGCUCCUUGCUCCUCCUCUCAUCACAGGUGUGCUACACGGAGGGGAACUUCAUCCAGGUCAGAGUACACACGGAGGUGCUGGACCCUCUGACGGGGCAGCACAACACCACCAACGUGUUCCACUUCACCUUCGUGUCGGACAACGACGUCCCCAUGAUCGUUCCCCAGAGCUACGGAGAAUCCAUGCUGUACCUGGACGGUAAGAGGCACUUCAGCCAGGCAGCAGGGAUCUGAGAUGGACUCCAUAGGAAGAUGGACUUCACCUCUUCUACGACUCAACCUUUAUGCCAAUGCACUUCAUACCGCUCAAAACACUUUAUAUAUAUAUAUAUAUACAUACAUAUAAAUCAAAAUGCUUGUGUGUUUGUGUGUGUACUUGUGUUAUUAAGAAAAUGUUCCGAAGCAAAAAGCGUGUGUGUGUCGGUGUGUGUGUGUGUUUUUUUUAUUUUAUAAAUGCCACCCAUGUACAAGGGCCCCUUGUAAAGUUCACCGUCCGUGCUUUUCUUGCGCAUACUGGCCGUAGCAGUUGAUUUACAGUGUAUGUUUUUUCUUAGCCAGGGUGGAGAGACAUACCAGAGGCAUCUACCAUUUGGGAUGAUUCAUUGUCUCCUACCUUCCAUUUGGCCUCAGCCUGUUUCAUUUUGCCGUAGCCUGCGCUAUCGGGCAAUCUGAGGUCUGGUGGGCACACAAUGACUCCUAUCCAGCUACACCAAAGCCAGGUCGGCUAGAAACGAUGGGCUAGUGGUUGAUGUGCCAAAACACAGUUUACAUUGCUUUACAGUUACCGUCAUUUGUCAACAAUACAGUUGGGCCGCUCACACAGCACGCACAUGUGUGUAUUUCAACUACCUAUAUUGAAUUCUCUUUUGUUUUUCAAAUGUUUUCUUUUUGGGGGUAAGGGCAGGAAAGGUUCAAUCUAUAUUUGCUUCAAUGCAUUCGACCUGCAAUAAAGAAUUUAUCAUGACUUUAUAA